ACCGAAAAUUAUCUGGUUAAAGGAUUUUACAACAAAAUACUCAUACUGACUGACUAAUGGGCGUUUAACGCAGAUAUUUAUAAAUUAAAAUGUGUUUUAAUCUUAACUCGGAACGGUGAUGAAAACUUGUGAAUUGAAUACAGAUUAUCCUUCGUUGUAACGGCUCCCUAUCUUGGACGUCCAGAAUUCAAGAAUAAAUACGAUAAAUAAAAGAAGCAGAUGGCUAACUUCCCUAAGCAAUUCAGCAACAUCGUGGAAUACUGUCAGUGUGUCAAUGUGAUGAAUGAAUAGUCGACUGAAUUACAUUAGUUCAGAAGGCAAAAUGGAGUACAUAGAGCCCAAAGCUGCAGUAAUCGGAUCCAUAUUGUGUUGUGACUGUGGUUCUCAGAUUCAGCCAAAUCCCACAAAUCGAUGUAUUGCAUGUAUAAGAGCUCGCAAUGACAUUACUGAAGAUAUACCCAAGCAAGGCACUUUAUACUUUUGUCGAGGAUGUGAGCGGUAUUUGGAUCCUCCAGGAACAUGGGUUCCUGCUGCCAUAGAGUCAAAGGAAUUGUUAAGGCUGUGUUUAAAGAAAAUAAAAGGACUCAACAAAGUUCGGCUUAUUGAUGCAGGAUUUGCUUGGACAGAACCACAUUCAAUGAGAAUUAAGGUUAAAUUGUGUGUCCAAAAGGAAAUCCAAGCUGGUGCUGUUUUACAGCAAGACUUCAUUGUAGAAUUUGUUGUUGUGCAUCAGAUGUGUGAUGAUUGUCACAGGGUUGAGGCAAAAGAUUAUUGGCGAGCUUUGGUGCAGGUACGACAGAAAACGGAUCACAAACGAACCUUUUAUUACCUGGAACAGAUGAUACUAAAGCACAAAGCUCAUGAAAAAACGUUGGGAAUUAAGGCAGCAACAGAUGGACUAGACUUUUACUUUGCUUUAGAGUCAUCUGCUCGCCAGUUAUUAGACUUUUUAACGUCAGUAGUACCAUGUCGUUGGACUCAGAGCAAGAAGCUUAUCUCUCAUGAUGUCCAUUCCAACAUUUAUAAUUAUAAAUAUACCUUCAGUGUUGAAAUUGUGCCCAUUUGCAAGGAUAGUGUGGUAUGUUUGCCAUCAAAGCUGGCUCAUCAGUUGGGGGGAAUUGGUCAGAUAUGUAUUGUGCAUCGUGUUACAAAUCAUAUUUUACUGAUAGAUCCAGCCACUGCUCAGUUGGCUGAUAUUGACAGUUCUAUUUAUUGGCGAACUCCCUUCAAGGCAUUGUGCUCUUCAAAGAAAUUAACAGAGUUUAUUGUUAUUGAAACUGCUGAAGCUGCUGUCAAAUACUUUAAGGGCCAAGGUCAGAUAUCAAAUAAGCAUCAAGUAUCAGAGGUUUGGAUACAAAGAUCUAAUGAAGUGGGGUCUGAUAACAUGAUCUUUUGUCGCACCCAUCUUGGACACUUGCUUAACCCAGGAGACACAGUUAUGGGAUUUGAUCUUCGUUUGUCUAAUGUCAAUGAUGACAACAUGGACAAAAUGAAGGAAGAUGACAUGCCAGAUGUUGUUCUUGUGAAGAAAGUGUAUGCUGAUAAAUCUACCAGAAACCGACGCCGUCGUUGGAAACUCAAGCAUCUUGGGGUUGAUGAUGAUGUUGGAAGUCAGAACAACGAUUACACAGAUUUCUUAGAGGAUUUAGAGGAGGAUCCACAAUAUCGUGCAAAAUUCAACAUUUACCAAAAGGAUAAAGAAAUACCAGCAUCAGGCUUUGAAAGUGAAAAUGAAGAUCUGCCGCAGGUUGGGUUGGAAGAAAUGUUGCAGGAUUUGAACGUAGAUGAUCCAGAUGUGGAAGAAAAAAAAAACCCUGUGACUAACUGACCAAGAUUACUCUUUUUGUUAUACAGAAAUGUGUGUAAUGUUUAUUGUUGUUUCAUAUUAGAUUUGUUAUUUUUCUAUGUAGUAAGUGCAUUGUGGCUUUGCAGUUGAAGGAAAGCAAUAUUAUACAGAAUAGUAUUACAUUUAGAAAUGGUACGAAAUUAUUUUGUACACAAUAAAUAUCUGCAUUAUA